AAAAGCAAAACCUAUCACAGUUUUUCUCUAUGACUUAAAGAAAGAAAUUUAUAUUGGAAAUAUUUUUUAUUUUAUUUUUGUUCUAUUGACAGUUUAUGCCAGAAAGAAUAUUUUAUAGACAUAAAUAACCAAAAGGAAAACAUGUUGGUCAUCGCCUUUUUGCUGUUUGCAGCUGCAGGAGCUGCAAGUCUUGAAGGCCUGGCAGAAACCACAAACGUGUCGAGUAGAAUUACUUACUACACAUUUCCAGAAUUUGGUGACAUGUCUGUUUAUGCAAUUAAUGUCACCAAUGCCACCGAGGCUCUGAAGAUGUUCAUGGACAAGUGCCAACGGAAUGAAACUAAUUUUAACCAAGCUAAGUACGCUAGUAGUGAACUGACGGAUUGCGUCCUCUCUCACAUUAAUGGAACUAGGUUAAUGCAACUUCAAAGCCAAGGUAUUCAACGCAUCGGUUCAACAUUCUGCAACAUGGGCCAUGCAGUACUAGACUGCGGGGAAAAAUUUCUGUCGUCUGUAACACCAUGCUUGGAUGAUGUCGAGAAGGAGAGCAAGCAGAUCCUAUUGAACAUAAGCAAAUAUCUGACAAACUUACUUUGUUCUGACAGCAUUUUUUCUCAAGCUACCGAUGUAUAUUCUGGAAUGGAAUGUCUUAGCAAGAACCAUGCAACGUUUGAAAAGUGCCUGUUGCAACUCAGCUUGUUUGAGUUUCCAGAGGAUGUAAAAAUUGUCAGGAUUUUGCCUGACUUAACAGGAAGCAAGGAGAAAUGCAGUAACCUGAAGAACAGUGCAUCCUGCUUUCAAGAAGCAAUUUCGAAGUGUCCAGCUUCGUUCUUUGGAGGAAUUCUUCAGAAAAUUGUUGAUAUUGUUUUUACUGAAAUGUGCAGCAAGUAUAACUGAGUGGAGAAAAAUCUUUUAAAUUCAUUGUUCUAUAAAAACUAAAAUAAAUUGAGAACCAAUUUUA